GCGUGCGGCCACAUUCUACAAUUAUUAUAAGCAAAAUCUGGAGGAGGGUAUGUGCUUAGUUUAUGUCUCUGCAGCAGGCGAGCUGGUAAAAGUGCCGCCAAAAAUAGAGGGAGUAGUCGAUAAAUACCAUGAUCUAUUUGAAGAGCUGAAUGGGGUUGUUAAGAGGGAGGUCGUCCACGCGAUAGAGAUUAUCCCAGGGUCUAGUAUUCCGAAGGGUAGGAUCUAUCGGAUGUCUCCAGCUGAGCUUGAUGAGCUUCGUCGACAACUCAAGGAACUCAUAGAGAAGGGCUGGAUUCGGCCUCGCGUUUCCCCUUACGGAUCUCCUGUCCUAUUCGUACCGAAGAAGGGGGGAACAUUGAGGAUGUGCAUUGACUAUAGGGGCCUCAAUGGCAUCACUGUGAAGAACGCAGAGCCCCUACUGCGCAUCGGUGACUUGUUGGACCGAGUGCAAGGGUGCCGAUACUUCAGUAAGAUACAUCUGAAGUCUGGGUACCAUCAAAUUGCAAUACGGCCCGAGGAUCAACACAAAACCGUUUUUCAGACCAGGUACGGUCUGUACGAGUUUGUGGUGAUGCGUUUCGGCCUUUGCAAUGCUCCUGGCACCUUCCAGCACGCCAUGAAUCAGAUCUUUCAUGACUACUUGGACAAGUUUGUCAUCAUGUACCUCGAUGACAUACUUAUCUUUAGUAGGACUGUCGAGGAGCACGUCGGUCACUCAGACAAAGUUCUUACUCUCCUUGGACAACACCAGUUCAAGAUCAACGGGGAGAAACGCGAGUUUGGACGCACCCGGAUCUUGUACCUGGGUCAUGAGAUUUCAGCGGAGGGAUUGAAGCCCGAUGACGCGAAGGUGGCCAGCGUUCGUGACUGGCUGCGUCCUCAGUCUGUAAGUGAGAUGAGGUCCUUCUUAGGAAUGACCGGUUACUACCGCCGCUUCGUGAAGAACUAUAGCAUAGUGGCCGCACCUUUGACAGACCUCACACGCCUUCACACCACGUGGAAGUGGACAGACAGGACCUUGCCAGAGGAUGAGGUGGUAACUGCGGCAUCUUACCUAGAGGGUAAAGCAGCCAAGUGGCUAGAUGGUGUAGUUGUGAGGGUCGGGUACGGGCGACGCAUGGUGGAUUGGGCUAAGUCUUUGACCUUAGACCAAUUCAUGGAGAUGGUAGAAGCUCGAUGGCAUAACCCACAGGAGGCUCAAAGGGCCACUGAUGCCAUUAACAAACUUGACCAACGCAAGUUCAGGUCAGUUAGAGAGCUUACGACUACCGUGGAGGGCCUGAUCCUCGUCUCGGGCAUCAACUACAGUGACCAGUUCCUGUUAACAACUUUUGUUAGAUGUCUUCUAGAGAACAUCAGGAACUUACUGGCCAGUGAGGCACGCACCGAGUACCACUCGUUUGAGACAUUGUCUAGAAAGGCCUUAGACUUAGAGGCAACACUAGGCAAUGCUCAACCCACCUCAGGGAACGACUCAAAGAAGAAGAAGAGUCCCCAAGAGUGGAAGAAGAAGGGGGCGAAGUUGAUGAUGGUUGAGUCAGAUGGGACCCAAACUGAAAUCGACGAGCUCUCUGACCUGGUGGACUAUUCAGAGUGUGACGGCGAGGAGGUAGCUGAGGGUAGCACCCUCGCCGCGGUAGUAAAGACUAAGGCAGAUGUGUCUGAGGCCUUAGAAGACUUAGAAGGCGAGUGGUCAAACAAGGACCCUCGUGAGUCUUGGGCGGCGCUAAAGAAGGGUCCUAGAGGGGAACAUUUCGUUGUGGAAGUGGAUGUAGGAGGCCGCAAAUGUGGUGCCUUCAUAGACACAGGCUCCACGCGAAAUUACAUAAGUCGCGACUGUUUGGAAAGGCUGCACCUACAGGACCGGGUACGGCACCUUAGUAGACCAGUGGCAUCUACUUUGGCCAACAAAGAGCGCAUGAUUGUCACAGACUACCUCAAGGACGUAGUCUGUACCUUCUCCUAUGGAGGAGGUGAGCUUAAUCAUAAGAUCUCGUUCUUGGUUAGUAACGACUUGCCAUUUGACAUGUGGCUAGGCAUGUACUACGUCGAUAUUGCUAAGCCCCAGUUUGACUGGGAUAAGAAGGUGCUCAAACAGAAGUUGCCCGAUGGUCGAACUGUCAGAAUGACUAAGUUCAAGGCCAGUAGUAUUAUAGAUACCUAUGGCUGCUUGCGCGCAUCUGCGUUCUACAAUAACUAUAAGCAAAACCAAGAGGAAGGUAUGUACCUUGUUUAUGUCUCUGAGAAGGGGGAGACCAUUAAAACACCCCCGGAGAUAGAACGCGUCGUUGCUAAGUUCCCUGAUCUGUUCGAGGAGCCCACAGGAGUUGUUGAUAGGAAAGUCGUCCACGCUAUAGAAAUCAUUCCAGGGAGUAAGAUCCGAAAGGGAAGGAUCUAUAGGAUGGCCCCUGCCGAGUUAGAUGAACUUUGGAAGCAACUCAAGGAGCUGACAGAGAAGGGAUGGAUUCGGCCUAGUACUUCCCCUUACGGAUCACCUGUGCUAUUCGUACCAAAGAAGGGGGGUACUUUGAGGAUGUGCAGUGAUUAUAGGGGCCUCAAUGCCAUCACGGUGAAAAACGCAGAGCCUCUACCCCGCAUAGACGACCUAUUGGAUAAAGUGCAGGGAUGCAAGUACUAUACGAAGAUAGACUUGAAAUCCGGUUAUCAUCAGAUCGCAAUAAGACCUGAGGACCAACACAAGACAACUUUUCAGACUAGAUAUGGUCUGUAUGAGUUUGUAGUGAUGCCUUUCGGUCUUUGCAAUGCGCCGGGUACAUUCCAGCACGCUAUGAAUCGGAUCUUCCAUGACCAUUUAGAUAAGCUUGUCGUAGUCUAUCUAGACGACAUUCUGAUCUUUAGUAAGUCUGCCGAGGAGCACGCACAACAUGUUGAGACAGUUCUCUCACUCCUACGACAACACACGUAUAAGAUCAACCUAGAGAAGUGUGAAUUCGGUCGCACUAAGAUUUUAUACUUGGGUCAUGAAGUAUCCUCGAAGGGAAUUAGGCCGGAAGAUGCGAAAGUGGCUAGUAUUCGAGACUGGCCACAACCUCAGACAGUUACUAAGGUCAGGUCUUUCUUAGGAAUGUGCGGCUACUAUAGGAACUUCGUAAAGAACUAUUCUACAGUCGCCUCUCCUUUGACAGAUCUAACUCGACUUGACACACCGUGGGACUGGAGUGAUGAGUGCGAGGGUGCUUUCAAGARAUUGAAGCAUGMACUCAUGAAUCACGAAGUUCUCAUGGUUCCCGAUCCGCAGAAGCCAUUCAUAKUGACCAUUGACGCAAGCCAAUACGGCAUUGGCGCAGUGCUGGCUCAGCAGGAUGGGAAAAAGUUGAGACCGAUUGAGUAUAUGAGUAAGAAGAUGCCAUCGAAGAAAUUGGCUAAGUCCACCUACGAAAGGGAACUCUACGCUGUCUACAAGGCACUUGUCCAUUGGAGACACUUCCUUUUGGGAAGAUUCUUCUAUCUGAGGACUGAUCAUCAGACCCUGAAAUGGAUCAAGACUCAACCGGCUCUUUCUGAUGCACUCAAGCGAUGGAUUGAGGUCAUAGACCAAUAUGACUUCAAGCUUGAGUACCUGAAAGGAGAGUACAACAAGGUUGCAGACGCGCUAUCCCAUAGAGCAGUGGUGCGCUAGUUUCCGAAUUUGGCGUAUCUAACGAAGUAACUCAAUCAUUGGUGGGAGCCUAUCAGGAAGACCCUGUCACGAUGGACAUCAUCCGCAAACUUCAGGCAAAAGACAAGGCCACAGAAAGUGAGUUUGUAAUGGUGGAUGGGCUAAUCUAUCUUGGUAAGGCCGGAGUAAAGAGAUUGGUAGUUC